UUUUGAUCUCCAGCAGCAUCAUGCCUGAACCAGCGAAGUCCGCGCCGAAGAAAGGCUCCAAGAAGGCCGUCACUAAGACCGCCGCGAAAGGAGGAAAGAAGCGCAGAAAAUCCAGGAAAGAGAGCUACGCCAUCUACGUGUACAAAGUGCUGAAGCAGGUUCAUCCUGACACCGGGAUCUCUUCGAAGGCGAUGGGCAUCAUGAACUCUUUCGUCAACGACAUCUUCGAGCGCAUCGCCGGUGAGUCGUCUCGUCUCGCUCACUACAACAAGCGCUCCACCAUCACUUCCCGAGAGAUCCAGACCGCCGUGCGUCUGCUGCUGCCCGGGGAGCUGGCCAAACACGCCGUGUCCGAGGGCACCAAGGCCGUCACCAAGUACACCAGCUCCAAGUAGAGCUCCGCUGCAGCUCCACACACAAAGGCUCUUUUAAGAGCCACACAA